AUGAUUUGUUUUUACUUUAAUUUCUUAAUCAGAGCAACUCAUGCCUUAUAUCAUCCAAAUCUUGUAGAAAAGGAUAGCGGAGAUCUCUUUGUAAAGGGCAUUUCAGAAUCGACUUCUGAUUUAUUUGAAUUUCAUGAACAGUCAACAACUAUUCAAGAUAAAGAAAUCAGUCAUUCAGGAAGAAAUCAGACGUUUUAUAAAUGCGAAAUUACAAUUACGGGCCGUACAAAAUUUUUAAAUAACUUCGCUUUCGGUGCAGGCGUUACAUCAGGCUCAGGUGGAGCUAUUAACAUAUUGGAAAGUAUAUUUCAAGCACAUUCAGAUUCACCUGAUUACCAAAUCAUUUUUGAAUCUAACAAAGCGUCUGUAGGUGGAGCUAUUUGCUCUGUUUCAUCCGCAAUGUUAUUAUAUAACUCGACAUUUACCAGUAAUAUGGCUUACAAGAAUGGUGGCGCUAUCUAUUUCCAAUCGGAAUUUAAUCCAACAGAUGGAAGCUACCUUUCUCCCAAAAUUACGCUUAUAGGCGGUUGGCUUGAGUUUAGGCAAAAUAUCGCUUCAGAAGUUGGUGGAGCCAUUGCAAUUUCAUAUGCAGUGGAAGUUUACAUUGAACUUUCAAAGUUCUACAGCAACAAGUGCAGUUUCACAGGUGGAGCAAUAUCAUCUGCUAACUGUGAUUCUCUUAAACUCUUCAGAAGCUGGUUUGCUUAUAACGUUGUUGAUGCAUCGACUCCAGAAUACCGUUUAACUACAGAUACUAAAACUAAAUUACGCGGCGAGACCAUGAGUAAAGAUUACCCCAAUAAAGUUAACUCCAAUCAUGAAUUGGGAAGAGGAGGUGGUGCAAUUUACUUCUACUCUGACUCCAGGAAAGGUUCUACACCAACAGGUGCAAAGACUUACGAGAUGCGUUCUCUUCGAUCAUACCACACCUGUUUCUACAAAGACUCAGCAACAACAACCGGAUCAUCUUUGGGAGGAGGUGCCGGUAAUGAAGUUCUUCUUGAUGGCUACCUUGAAUACGUCACAUAUGAUGACUACAUGUACGGAGCUGUCCCAGAAGUAGAAAGAGAUGAAGCAAUUUCAAAGGUUAAACGUCCUUUGAAAGGAAACUGUUCCGUCAAUUAUCUUCAGAUGAGAAAUACAACAAGAGAACCAUGGGGUAUUUGCGAAGUCAUUACAACAGAUUUACCAGGAAUUGGAGAUGCUCCUUCAGUUUAUAACGAAACAAACAUUUCCUACAUCGUUGGCACACCUACAGUGAAUGGAACAGCAGCUGGAGUUCCAAGUCCAACAAAGUUUGUUUAUGAUGCAACACCUAUUACUAAGGUUCCAGGUCCAACAACAGAAAAGAGGUAUCCAACAGCUCAGACACAGCUUGGUCCUUCAUUGAAGUCAGGAAAGAUAUUCCCAGGUUCUUAUUCAGUACCUUUGUUUUAUCCUAACUUCACAAUUACAAUUCCUAAGCCAACGCCUCAUGAAACAGCUGCUUCUACACCACAUAGUACACCUAGACAUACAUUCUCACCUUCAGCAACUCCUAUUAUUAUCAAAGUUCAAGCAACACUUGAAGCAAAACUUCCUGAAGCCCAAGGAAAUUCCUCUACUAUAAAAAAGGAUAAUAAAUUAAUAGCAAUUAUGCUGGUGCUGUCGCUGGUUUAA